AUGCUACCCGUCAUUAAGGUAGAUUCAGCUUGUUCAGUGCGGGUCACCUGUCAUCAAAGUAGGCCCUCGAUCAUAGAGGCGGUGGAGCUGGCUUCCAUGAAGGAGGCUCGCAUGGUUCCCUUCAUCCAAGACCCCAGCGAUCCCACCUCUCUGCUGCCAUCUUUCCAGCCCAACGUGCUGCUCCUCGGCCACUCGCCCGCGGCCUUUGUGCUGCGAGCUCUCGCCAGAGUCAAGCCUUCGGAGCUGGAGCAAGCGCUGCUGGUGCUGCCGUUCACAGUGGCCCUACGCAUUCUCCACUUCGCCCCCCACUGGCUGCACCGCCCACUGCCACAGCUCGAGUUUGCCGCCCGGGCACUGGUCUCCCUCGUGCGCAUCCACCACUCGCAGCUCGUUGCUUCACCUACGGCCCGCCCACUGCUUGCAGCCGUGCACACACUACUGAGAGCAUCCCUCAAGGGCGCAGUAGCAACAGUGGGAUGCAACUUGGCUGCCAUAAGCCACAUCAAGGAGGGAGACAGCACGGGCAUGGCUGAGAAGGUGAAAGAGCUAAGGGAGCGGCUGGCCAAGGGGCGCAACACUGUUGCGUCCAUUGAGGGGGGAGACGGCACAGGAAUGGCAGAAAAGGUGAAAGAGAUUAGAGAGCGGUUGGCUAAGGGGCGCAAUGCAGUCGUUGCAGAGAAGCUGCAGAGGAGCAAGGCAGAGAAGCGCAAGCGCAAGGCGGAGAAGCAAAAGGUGAAGAGCUGA